UUCGUAACAUUAAUGUUGCUUGGCGCACUUUAGCUGACAGUAGUCUGAGCUUAAACUUCAAUAAAUUAACUUAAAGUUGAUAACAUGGACAGGUUCCCUUUUGUUAGAGAUAACGGGGUGGUCAGAUUGCCCCCUGGUUUCCGUUUCCAGCCGACUGAUGAAGAGCUUCUCUUCCAAUACCUCAAAUGUAAGAUUUUUUCCAGCCCCCUGCCUGCUCCAAUCAUUCAAGAGAUGAAUAUUUACAAGUACGAUCCUUGGGAUUUGCCAGGUAACAUGAAGCAAGAAAGAUACUUUUUCAGUAACAAGGAAACAAAGUAUCCAAAUGGAAAUCGAAUCAAUCGAGCCACUGCUUCUGGUUAUUGGAAAGCAACAGGCGUAGAUAAACAAAUUGUGUCUUCUAGCAGGAAUAAUCGAAUGGUGGGAAUGAAAAAAACUCUGGUUUUCUAUAGAGGGAAGUCUCCAAAUGAGUCUAGAACUGAUUGGAUAAUGCAUGAAUAUCGCCUUGUUAAUGCAUCCUCCAUGUUCUCCUCAACCCAGAAUUAUCCUAAACAAAUGGAAAAUUGGGUCAUCUGUCGCAUAUUUAUGAAGAAAAGAAGUAGGAAAGAUGGCAAUCAGAUUAUACAAACUCGUAAUGGUAAGGUGGCUCGUCAACCUCAACUCCACGACUUUAUGACGAGAGAGAAGAGAAGUUCAAGUCCUGCCAUCUCUUCCUCAUCGUCGUCUUCAUGUCCUGGGGGGAUGAGUGGGGUUUCUUCUAAUGGAUCAUCGUAUGGUCGAGAAGGAAGCAGCAGCCGCAACGUUUUCUAAACCAGCUGUGCCCUACUGAUAAAGAGUUAAUGAAACUUUUCUCUUUAUAUGUCUUAAUUAAACUUCUUAUAUGAAACGGUCGAUAGAUGGAAUUUCAGUCCGUAAGACAGUAACAAAUAAAAUACACAUCAACUUUGUCAUAAAAAGCAAAUUCCUUCCCAUCCAAUGUUGGCCAUAAUUAAUAUCCAAAAUACCUGUUCAUGGGGUUCACUUCUAGUUCUUUCCAAGUUUUGAAAAGUAUAUUAUACAAUUUCUUGCUUAUGAAGUCA